CGUCCCGUUGUGAGUAGAGUCUAAGGAGGCUUUAUAAACAGAAGACCCCAUGUGACCACUUGAAACUUGACUUCUUGAACAGUUUAAGUAUUCUAUUAGUCAUCGACGCAUUAUUCCCGCUUUUCAGAAUGUCUACAGAAAACUUCAGAAUGCCCACAGACAACUUUUCAGACUUGGAGCUGGAGCUAACUGAUCUGCUCCAGGAGUUCGCUGAUGUGGUUGAGGAGUUGAGAGAGCCUUCACAAAGCGUCCCGUACGCAUACGAGCGGCUCCUGUCUGAAGCCAAACGGCGCACCGGGCUAGGGGACUACGGCUCAGUGGUCAGCGACAGCGGCGUGGAGGACAAUAGUGACUGCAGCAGUGAGGUGUCUCUGGGUAACAGUUGGAACACCAGCGAAGAAGAGCUCCACACUGCAGGCAUAACAGUGACGCCCAAAGCCAGAAUGGGAGACACAGGAGACCUACAGAGAUUCAUCGACAGUUUGGACCGGGAACUAGCUGGUAUGUGAACGGAAAGAGACGGAGACGGAAAGAGACGGAGAG